AUGGCGCCCCAACGCCCGCGGCAGCCACCCCGUCGCGCCUCGGAGCGUAUCGCAGCACUGGAAGCGAGCAGAGUUACCGAGCCCACUCCCGCUCCCGGACAACCCACGUCGGAACCACUUGUGGAGCCAGAAGACAUCCUGUACAGGGUGAAAUCGCACCCGGGGCUGCACAGCCGGCGUUACAAGGUUAUCCCCGCCGCGACCGGUCUUCCUCCUUGGGAGCAGUUGAAGGAAAAAGACUCGGCACCCACGAGCGUUCGUUUCCGCGCCUAUGUGAACGACCAGGUCCUGGCACGAUAUUGGGAGGCCGACCGAUCCCUCCUAGCCAAGGCCCUAGUCCUGGACGUCAGAACGCUGGGAAGGAUGCGCCCGGCUGAGAAGAUGACGACCUUGUUGCUGGUGGCAUGGUUCCACGACCACACUCCAGGCCGUCCCAUUGAGAAGUCCACCACGGACGGUCUGAUGCUGUCGACCUCUUUGGACGUCAUCUCCGCAGAAUGCGUUGUAGAUGUCAUACGCACGAAACAGGGGAUAGUUCCACUCGAUGCCGUGUGGGUUGUCGAGUCCUCACAGCAGAUACCACGCACUUCGGCGUCAUGGUUGCCAACCAAGGUGCGGAUACCCAAGUCCAGGGAUAGAAAGGGGGCUAUAAGGCUGGAUACUCCGACGGGGACUAUCGUCCUCAAAUGGAGGCCGCCACCUACGCCGGCCUCGCCGGUCACCUCAUUACCUUUGCCAGCUCCACCUUUACCCUCGCCAGCACCGGAAAACAUCGCUGGGUCGCCAUCCGCUGUGUCCGCGAAACCCCCGGCCUCCCCUCCCGCCACAGCGGUUGCUGGGGUGCGCUCUCCCUCGCCGAAGUCCGAGCGCGCCGCUUCGGAAACUGCUGUGUCCAUUCCUGAGACGCUUAUGGAAGGGAUAGAGACGCGUUGUCCUCUGCCUGACCCGGACACGGCGCUGCCCUCGAUAGAGUCGCCUUUUCCUUCGCCUGAACUCGCGCCCUCACUCUCGGCCUCGCCCUCGGAGGCACAACCGCCAUUGCCAACCGUGGAUCCACGUGUUCUACAAGCAUCUUGGCCUGCAGAUCCGACUAUGCCUGUUCAGCAGUCACCGUCGCCACCGCCGACCGUACCAUGGCUAGAUGCAGCUUCGUCUGCCUCGCUGGCGUGGCCAGUUAUUCAGGUGGGAGGGCACCAUGCCAGAGCAUGA